AAGAUAUGUUUGAUUACACAUGAGAAAACCCUAGAUAUAAGGAAUCAAACCGCCGACCAAACAUAUUUAAUUUCAACCGGAUGUAUAUUUCUCUAAUUAUAGUGAGAGUAAAAAUCUUCGGAUCGGAUUAACAUUAUCCUAAAAAUUAUCUAUGUUUCUGUUAUCUUCCUCCUCAUAUUUCGCCUAUAUAAACAUUACAACAAACUACUUCCACUUAUCACAUUCUCUCCUUAUUCAACUUAAAUACUACACGGCCAAAAACAUUUAACAAACGCCACUCAGAUCCUGAGUCUUUGGAUCAAUGGCUAUUUCAAAUGUUAUUUCUGUCUUAUUAUUAUUGCUUGUACUAAUCAAUUUAAGCAAUCAAAAUAUCAAAGGAAUUGAUGCAUUUCAUCAGAUUUACGAAGAAUUGCAAUCUGAAUCAGUCGAGUCAGUGAAUCAUCUUCACAGACCUAGUUUUCACUUUCAACCUCCAAAGCAUUGGAUUAACGAUCCAAAUGGUCCAGUAUACUACAAAGGUCUCUACCAUCUCUUCUACCAAUAUAACACCAAAGGUGCGGUUUGGGGUAAUAUUAUAUGGGCCCAUUCGGUUUCUAAAGACUUGGUUAACUGGGAGGCUCUUGAACCGGCUCUUAGUCCUUCAAAAUGGUUCGACAUCGGAGGUACAUGGUCCGGUUCAAUAACAAUCGUACCGGGAAAAGGACCGAUUAUCCUCUAUACCGGUGUUAACCAGAACGAAACUCAGUUGCAAAACUAUGCAAUCCCAGAGGACCCAUCAGACCCAUACCUAAGGAAAUGGAUUAAACCGGACGAUAACCCGAUUGCAAUCCCAGACUAUACAAUGAACGGUUCAGCAUUCCGUGACCCGACAACCGCUUGGUUCUCCAAAGACGGGCAUUGGAGAACCGUGGUAGGGUCAAAAAGAAAGCGUAGAGGAAUUGCUUACAUCUACAGAAGCCGAGAUUUCAAGCAUUGGGUCAAAGCUAAGCACCCGGUUCACUCUAAACAGUCAACCGGUAUGUGGGAAUGUCCUGAUUUCUUCCCGGUUUCCUUAACCGAUUUCCGAAACGGUUUGGACUUGGAUUACGUCGGUCCAAACACCAAGCAUGUGUUGAAGGUUAGCUUGGACAUUACCCGGUACGAGUAUUACACGCUUGGUAAAUACGAUCUUAAGAAGGACCGGUACAUACCGGACGGUAAUACUCCCGAUGGUUGGGAGGGUUUAAGAUUCGAUUACGGUAAUUUCUACGCUUCCAAGACAUUCUUUGACUACAAAAAGAACAGAAGAAUCUUAUGGGGUUGGGCUAAUGAAUCUGACACCGUUGAAGAUGAUAUUUUGAAGGGUUGGGCUGGUCUUCAGGUGAUUCCAAGAACGGUGCUCCUUGAUUCAAGCAAGAAGCAACUUGUGUUUUGGCCUGUUGAAGAGAUAGAGUCAUUAAGAGGUAACUACGUCCGAAUGAACAAUCAUGACAUCAAGAUGGGUCAACGCAUAGAAGUCAAAGGAAUCACUCCUGCUCAAGCCGAUGUGGAAGUAACGUUCUAUGUUGGAAGUCUAGAGAAAGCUGAGAUAUUCGAUCCGAGUUUCACGUGGAAACCAUUGGAAUUGUGUAACAUUAAAGGCUCGAAUGUGAGAGGCGGUGUAGGACCUUUUGGUCUGAUCACAUUAGCGACUCCUGAUUUGGAAGAGUACACUCCUGUCUUCUUUAGAGUCUUCAACGACACUAAAACUCAUAAGCCUAAAGUUCUCAUGUGCUCCGAUGCUAGACCGUCGUCGUUAAAGCAAGACACGGGUUUACUCGCAAAAGAUAGGAUGUAUAAACCAUCGUUUGCUGGUUUUGUGGAUGUUGAUAUGGCUGAUGGAAGGAUCUCUCUAAGGAGUUUGAUUGAUCAUUCAGUAGUAGAGAGCUUUGGAGCAUUAGGUAAAACGGUGAUAACAUCAAGAGUGUAUCCAGUGAAAGCAGUAAAAGAGAAUGCACAUUUGUAUGUCUUUAACAAUGGAACACAAACUGUGACCAUAGAGAGUCUCAAUGCUUGGAAUAUGGAUCGUCCUCUGCAAAUGAAUGAUGGAGCUCUUUAAUUUAGCUCUUCUCUCUAUAGUUUAGCUAUACCGUCUUCUCUCUUUCUCACUUUUUCUUAUAUUUUCAUCUUCAGUAUAGUAACUGAGAGAUACUGUGAAAUUAGGAAGAAAAAUGUGGGAGUUUCUGUGUUUACGAACAAUUUGGUUGUGAUGUCCAUACUUUAUGUAUCGACUGUUGUAUCUUUCUGUCUUUAGUCUCUCAAUAAAAAUAAGUUUAGACCAAACAUCAAGAAUAUGUCGUUGGUUAUCAAUCAGGUGCAAGUGUUUUAACAAAUAAUCUACUAACAUGGUUAAACUAUUCGUUUUUGUAAGUGACAUUUUUAUAAU